AUGGCUCAAUCAUCCCUCGCCCUUCCAAGGAUCUCGCUCUCAAGACAACUGGCCAAUUUCACGAACUCCACGGCUGGCCUGGAUUUGACGCUCCGUUUCUUCCAUAGCCUGGCCCUUCUUGGGACGCAACUUAAGUUCAGCAAUGCGACAGUUCUGAAAUGCUCCGUUGCAGCUUCACAGAUAGGCCUAGGAAGACGUUAUCUUCGCUUCUUCUGUUUCCUUGAUUGUUUCCACAAUGUUCAAGACACUCUCGCAGGGCACCCCAUGACGAGGAAAUCGGUAAUGGAGCUGGCCAAAUCUAGCUGUUUGGGAAUUUACCUUGCUCUGGAGGGCACGACCAUGCUCCAUGACAUGGAUGUUCUCUUGGUUUCGUGGUAUACGCCCAUUCUGCUUGAAGCGUACAAGUUCUGGUUCUACGCUAUUUGCAUAGCAAUUGUUGGAACCGUCUCCGAUCUUUUUCUUGGUCCGUCAGAGCCUAGUACUCAAAACGGCUCCGUUGGUGACAAAGAAAAGCCAGGGGCAGCAAGUCAUUCACCACCAAAUCUGACCCCGUCGACUGGUGUUCUCUUAAAUCGACUUGUGAUUGACACCUUGGACUUGACGAUUCCCGGCUCUUUGCUGGGAUGGAUUCCCGUAAGCACCACGGGGGUGGCUACCGCCAUGCUGAUCAGUACCAUACUCGUUUGGCCGACUGCUUGGGCGGAAGCGAACUUUUAG